ACUUUAGGUAUAUGGAAUAGCAUUUGUCUUGUUGUAGACAUCUGGCGCCACGGCUGUCUGCUUGUCGAAACAAUAGACAUCUGGCGCCGCACUGUCUGCUUGUCUAGGUAAACAAUUGCUAAGUCUGGCGCCGCGACUGUCUGCUUGCGUCUGGCGCCGUAUAGCCGUAUGUUCUGGUAAUUUCCAGACGCAAUAUUCUAGAAGGACACGUCGGCAUCAGCGAGAAGUGCGUGGCUAUAUAAGCCGUGGCAGCGCCAACGUAAUCAAUCAGUGCUAAGAGUAAACUGCUAUAGUGUAGACGAGUUGUGAAAUAAAGAGUUGUUGAAUUAAAUUAAACAGUGUUGAUUUUAUUUGUCAAUCCAGAGAUACGAACCUAACAAAGUAAACUAGCAAGAUUAAAUUCGUAACAAUUGGUGUCAGAAGUGGGAUUGUCAAAUAAUCCAAAUUCAAGAUGGUUAAAUUCGGAGAAUUGAGAAUUCAGCAAUUAAAAAAAGAACUGGAGGAGCGUAAUUUGCCGAUAAGCGGGCAAAAGGCGGAUCUGCAGGCACGAUUACGUGAAGCAAUGGAAGCGGAUGGAAUUAAUGUGGACGAGUUCGAAUUUGUUGGGCCAGAAACUUCUACAAAGGUAGAAGAAAAAGUAGAAGAACAACGAACAUCAUCAAGUGGAGACAUGAACAUGCUGUUAGUGGCUUUUAAGCAAAUAAUAGCUGAAAAUAUAUCACAAAUAACAGAAAAUGCAGUGCAAACAGAAAAUCGUCUGGCACAGCAAAUAGCCGAAAAUGCAAAAAAUGCAGUGCAGGCAGAAAAUCGUCUGGCACAGCAAAUAACGCAAAUAGCUGAAAAUACAUCACAGUUAGAGUCUCGCCUUACACAACAAAUAACUGAAAAUAAUACGCAGUUAGAAAAGCGUUUGGUACAACAGAUUACAGAAAAUAAUACACAAGUGCAAGAGAAAUUUUCAAAAUUUGAAGACGAAUUAAGCACAAUAAAAAAUGACGAAGAAAAUUUAAGAUCAGAAUUUCUUCAACUGAGCGUGUGCGAGAACUGCAACUACAUGGCCCUGCACCAUCAACAAAUAAUCAAAGAUUGA